CAAAUAUUUAUUUUCGUUCGAAAAAAGUUCGUAUUAUCAAAUUAAAAGCGCUAAUCAGCCCCACGAUACGAGGCGUUAGAUAAGUGAGCUAAUGAAAAUAGAGAAAAGAAGCAAGGAAAAUCCAUUAACCCCUUGCUAAGACUUGACAAGAAACAAUUGAUUACCCAGCAGUAACGGAGGAUGGUUUCUAAGCAAACUGCGCGCGCUAAUUCCCUCAUCACUUCUGCUUUCAGCUAACAACAUCUUGGUAAAAUUAUUUAAAGAAAAACGUUGCGUUGCGCCCGUCGCGAAGAAAAGUAAAAAAAAUUCAUCGAUUCGUGAAAAAUCCGACAAAAGGUACACACAGGUACAAACAUGCGCGACAUCAUCAUAACCUGCAAGAUCUGACGUCGAGAUUGAGCAAAGCACGCGAGCCCUCAACUGAUCGAUAAUGGACGUGCUGAGGGACUACAUGGAAUGCGUGAAUUAUCACUGGCUCGUGAUCGUCGGCACAGGGCUGUACAUGCAUCUGCGUGAAAUCUGCCUGAUCGGCUUGUGCUUCGAGGUGGUAAAGGAUCCGCCCUUUGAUCCUUCGUAUGCCUCCCUCAUCUUCGUGUUCUCCACACUGUGUCUCCUGGCCGAGUACAGGCUUUGGCCCAGAUCCUUGAAGGAGCCACCGAUUCAGCUAAUUAUCAUUUACGAAAUGCUGGUGUCGGCUCUGAUAACGGAUCUAGCCACGCGCAUUAUUUGGAUCCCCCUGAUGAACAUGACGUGGUGUCUAACGCAAGAGUCCAGUAAAGCGCUGACGUGGCUCAAUUCACAAAUGGAGCUUGGAAAGUAUUCCCACGUAACAGCGGCGGCCUCCUACAUGAGUACCGAGAUGGCAGCGACGCACACGGCCUUCUGUAUAUCCGUACUUGCUUUCCUCUGGAUGCUCGACGCGACAGAGACGCUUGAUUCGCUCUUGAUUGAUCUCUGGGCCAAGUAUUAAACAAGAUGUGGAAUACUGGAUAUGCGUGAACAAGAGUAGAAGAAUCACGUUUAAAAAUCCUGAAAUUACUGAUAGGUUUGUCUACAGCUUACCGAAAGCGAGAUGAAAUUGUGAUAACUGCAGUUUUUGAUGUUUGUCUGAUGUUGGAGUAUUGUAAAUUGUGCGUCCGUAGUCCCUUUUAUUUGUAUCUGUAUGAGUUAUACAAGCAUUUUGUAGUACUUUUAUUUCGAAAACUUUUUCUGAGAAUGUAAUAAAUUCGCCUUUAUCGAACAAAUUUGAGGAUUUGAUUUUCGUUCGAAAGUUACAAUAUAAACGAUUUGAAAAUCGUUCAACGACGACUGUAUAAUAAUACGAAGUGAAAAUAAACUUUUUAACAACU